CCAUACUAUAUAUAAGCGAUCAGCGAUACACAAAGUGAAAGAGCUUAUAAAAUUAAAUAUCAUAUUAAAAAAAAGUCUUGGAAACAUAAGAGAUAUCAUGUUGUCGAGAUCAUUAAAGAUGAAAAAUAAUAAGAUGGUUAGGGCGAAUUUAUUGAGCGUGAUUAUGUUGAUGCAUGCAAUAGUUGGGCUUCCAUAUCAUGUGAGGGGUUUAAGCAUGAGUUACUACAUGAUGAGCUGUCCUUUCGCAGAACAGAUUGUGAAGAACAGUGUUAACAAUGCUCUUCAAGCCGAUCCCACUUUAGCCGCAGGUCUUAUCCGUAUGCUCUUCCACGACUGUUUCAUUGAGGGAUGUGACGCUUCGAUUCUACUCGAUUCAACAAAAGACAAUACUGCGGAAAAGGAUUCGCCUGCGAAUCUGAGUCUACGUGGCUACGAGAUCAUAGAUGAUGCAAAAGAUAAAAUCGAGAAAAGAUGUCCAGGAGUUGUAUCUUGCGCAGAUAUUGUUGCCAUGGCUGCUAGAGAUGCUGUCUUUUGGGCUGGUGGUCCAUAUUAUGACAUGCCAAAAGGAAGAUUUGAUGGUAAGAGAUCGAAGAUAGAAGAUACAAGAAAUCUUCCUUCACCAUUUCUCAAUGCCACCCAACUCAUUCAAACUUUUGGCCAACGCGGCUUCACUCCACAGGAUGUUGUUGCUCUCUCCGGAGCACAUACACUUGGAGUUGCGAGAUGCUCCUCCUUCAAGGCUAGACUUACCACCACAGAUUCUUCACUGGACUCUUCUUUUGCAACCACUCUCUCUAAAACAUGCAGUGCGGGUGACAAUGCAGAGCAACCAUUUGAUGCCACGCGCAACGAUUUCGACAAUGCUUACUUCAAUGCGCUUCAGAGGAAAUCAGGAGUCCUCUUUUCAGACCAAACCUUAUUCGACACUCCAAGGACCAGGAAUCUUGUUAAUGGCUAUGCCUUUAACCAAGCUAAGUUUUUCUUUGAUUUCCAACAGGCCAUGCGCAAAAUGAGCAAUCUUGAUGUCAAACUUGCCUCUCAAGGUGAGGUCCGUCAAAAUUGUCGGAGACUUAACUAGCCUAGGCCAAGUAUAUGUAUGAUUUUUGUAUCAAUGCUCCCACUUUUAAUUCUAUCUCUACUAUUUAUCAUAGGAAUCAUGAUGAAUUAAACUCUUAUGAUACCAUGUAAAAUAGAUUGUGUACCCAACGUAAUAUGUAUGUUAGUUGUAUUGUUUGUGAUAUACUUCAAAGCGUAUGAACUUUGUCUAUGUAUUUUCUAUAUGUGAAACCUGAAGGUCUU